UUAUUUCACUCAUAAACUAUAUAAAUUCUUAAUGAGCACAGAUUUCAACUGAAUAAUCGCUAAUUUCAGUGCCAUAUUUGAUGGAAAAUCAUCAAAAUUCACCGUUUGACCGGCCAUCUCAAGUAUUCAAUGGCAUCCGAUUUGUUCUUCUUGGUUACGAUCCUCUAAAAAACUCACAGUUGUGUUUACAGGUUUCACUGACGUUUGUUAAUGGCGGAGCGGUUAAUGUCGGUAAAUACGGUCCGAAUUGCACUCAUGUUAUUGUUGAUAAGCUUGUUUAUGAUGAUCCCGUAUGUGUUGCUGCUAGACGAGAUGGAAAGAUAUUAGUGUCUAGCUUAUGGGCUGAUCACAGUUUUGAUGUCGGAGCUCCUGUGGAUGUAACUUCGGUAAUGUAUAGACCUGUUAGGGAUUUAAAUGGAAUUCCAGGUGCAAAAUCACUUGUAAUAUGUUUAACCGGAUAUCAACGUGAAGAUCGGGAGGACAUUAUGACCAUGGUUGGACUGAUGGGUGCACAAUUUUCUAAACCACUGAUAGCAAACAAGGUCACUCAUCUUAUAUGCUACAAAUUUGAAGGGGAGAAGUAUCUGCUUGGGAAGAAAAUGAAAAAGAUAAAGCUUAUUAACCACCGAUGGUUAGAAGACUGUUUAAAGGCUUGGAAGAUUGUUCCGGAAGCAGAUUAUAGUAAAAGUGGCUAUGAGCUGGAGAUGGAGGCUGAAGCGAAAGAUUCUGAAGACGAACUAGAAGACGUUACUGCAAGACGAAACGAGAGGAAUAUAGCAAGUCCACCUCAUUCUCUAUCGUCAAAUCAGGAAGUCCCAAAGACCGUAUCGAAUAUUAGUGCUUCUAAAGUGUUUAAUAACGCCCAAGAAACGGUGUCACCGACUAUGAAAACUACGUCUAAUCAAUUCCGUAAUCCCCGUGAGACUAAAAGUACACAUCUAGACACUGAAAAUGUUAUUGAUGUCACCUAUGGGACAUCUAGUUUUUGCGAAAAAACUGUCGGCAGUUCAUCGUUACAAAACAAAAUUAUUUCUGCAUCCACAUUAGCUAACAAGUCUCCCCGUAAUGAAGCUAGAAAUGUCGUAUCUCCAAUGAGAACCACGUCUCCGACAAUCGACAUGAAAAGCAAUACUAGGAGUGCUAAAAGGUUGAAUAAAUUCACAGUCAAUGAUGCUUUCGGUAUGUCUUCUUCUUUGGUACAAAAAGUGAACACCAAGACUCCUAACAGUGAUUCGCUUUCCUGUAAGAGGAAGAUCGGCGUUUCUUCCGGUAGUUUUGAACUACAAAAGAUGAGUCAAAAUAAUGAUAAUAACAAUGUCGAAAGCGCAUUACAGGAGUUAAAAGACUUGGAUGCAGUGCAAAGACCACAGAAAAAGUAUAAAGAAACCAGUGGUAUGGUUGAAAAUGUCAUACAAUAUUCUGCGGUUCGUUCUGAUAUUCAAAAAUCCGGUAAUCAGAACAUGGAGAUCGAUGAACAAACUGGUGGAUCAACUUCAAAAUCUGUCAGAAGGAAAUCUGUUAGCAAGAAGUUUUCGGCCCCCGGUCUUACUAAAAAGAAUACCGUGAAUGAAAAAGUUUCAACUUUUUCGAAAAGCAGUGCACUGAGGAAUGAUGAUGAGAAAGAGAAACUCUUGAAGAACCGGAACGUUGAAGAAGUUUUUCAAUCCGUCAAACCAGGUACACAGAUAGAUUUGGAAGAUGAAACCGAGCCUCCAGAGGAUAAAGACGACACAAGCAAACAGAAACAUGAACAUGGUGAACAAGAAAACGCUGUUGAUGUAGAUCAACACAAUGAGAAUCUUGAGUGUAAAAAGACAUCUAGAGGGAAUCUGACUAAAAAAGAUAACAAGAAACCAGAAAUUAGGAAAGAAUCAACUCCAAAUCGAGCUAGGAGAAGCAAGAGAAAUGUAAACAAUUCGGAGAAAUCUACGGAACUUCAGGCAGCAGAAGAUGUUAGUAACGAUCCGAACAUGGAUACAGCGAACGCUGAUACGGAAACAGAGAAUGUCGUGAACAAGAAAGAAGCCAAGAGAAAUAAACAGCCUCUGAUUAAAACCAAGGAUUCCGUCAAAGAGGUAACUGAUGUUGAAGCUGUUAACGUUGAAGAUCAAAGUACUGGUACGAAAGAGGUACUUAAACGUGGUGAAGGAUUACAUGAAAAGAAUCGCGAUAAGGGGAGUGCUAGUGUUUCAAAACCGGAACCGAUGUGGUUUAUAUUGGCUGGACAUAAGUUGCAAAGAAGGGAGUUCCAGCAGAUAAUCAAGCGGUUGAAAGGAAGAGUAUGCAGAGUCUCUCAUCAAUGGUCUUAUCAGGCAACUCAUUUCAUUGUCCCUGAUCCCUUACGCAGAACCGAGAAAUUCUUUGCCGCUGCUGCUUCUGGAAGGUGGAUUUUGAAGACCGAUUACUUAUCUGCAAGUAGCCAGGCCGGAAAAUUCCUAGCAGAGGAGCCUUACGAAUGGCACAAAAACGGCCUGAGUGAAGACGGUCAAAUUAACUUAGAGGCACCAAGAAAAUGGCGGCUUUUGAAGGAGAAAACAGGCCACGGUGCGUUUUACGGGAUGAGAAUAAUCAUAUACGGGGAAUGCAUUGCCCCACCUUUGGACACUCUUAAACGGGUAGUGAAGGCCGGAGACGGGACCAUUUUAGCAACUUCUCCACCAUACACUCGUUUCUUAAACACUGGUAUAGACUUUGCGGUUGUUAGCCCCGGGAUGCCACAUGUCGACAUAUGGGUGCAGGAAUUUUUAAAACACGAGAUACCAUGUAUAUAUGCCGAUUACCUGGUGGAAUUCGUAUGCAAACCUGGAUAUCCCCUUGAAAGACAUGUUCAGUAUGAUACAAAUGCUUGGGCCGAGAGAUCAUAUAACAAGUUAAAGAAGCGGUUAGAAGAAGAGAUUUGUGAACCGAGAACUCCAGAUAGUGACGACGUGGCGUGUGAGGUGUGCGGGGGACGUGACCGUGGUGAAGAAAUGCUGAUAUGUGGGGAUGAAAGCGGUUUGGUUGGGUGCGGUGUUGGCACGCAUAUUGAUUGUUGUGAUCCGCCGCUUGAAGAUGUUCCUGAGGAGGAUUGGUUUUGUGUCAAGUGUAGUAAGAAGCUCGAGUCGAAAAGACGUAGCAAAAGGAAAGGCUCUUCGUCUAGAGGUUAGUUAUUUAUUCUUUGUUAUUUUUUUUUUGAAGCAUACUUUUGUAGUAAAAAGUACAUUUUUGUAUAAUGGUGUGUAUCUAUACAUAUGUUGUAAGCUUAUUGGAUUCAAUUAUUCAAAUAAAUGUGAAGUUAG